GCUCCAGCUGGCUUCUCUAACAAGGAGUCCGUCCAAAAGGAGGUGAAAGCUCCACUUUCCCAGAAAGCCACUCUGAGUUGUGAGGUUUCGGAUUCCAAAACGGAGGUAAAGUGGUACAAAGAUGGCAAGCUGCUCACUUCCAGCAAAGCAGUCCACAUGGAGUCAAAGGGCAAGACUCGUGAACUGGUGAUAGAAAAAAUGGAUAAGAAAGAUGCUGGAGAAUACACUUGUGAGGCCGGAACAGAGAAGCUGGCGUUUAAGCUGCAGUCGACAGAUGUAGCCGUCAAAUUCCAGAAGAAGCUGGUCAAGGACACAUGUGUUGUUCAAGCAAGUGAAAACGUUGUUUUAACCACUGAGCUGACUGCAGAGAGUGGUAAUGUGAAGUGGUUUAGAGAUGGUGUGGAAGUCAAGGAGAGCAGCAAGUAUGAAAUGAAAAAAGAUGGCCUGUCUCGUACGCUGAUAGUGAAGUCCACAGAAGCCAAAGACAGUGGAACGUACUCCUGUCAGACUGCUGAUGACAAACUGGAGUUCAAAGUUCAGGUUAAAGAUGCAGCUUUGAAGUUUGUUGUGCCUUUGAAACCUGCUACAGUGGAGCUGGGAGGUACACUUAGCCUGAUUUGUGAACUAAAUCAGCCCUCAGGGGACGUUGUCUGGCACCAUGAUGGUCGUGAGAUUAAACCUGGAGGCAGGUACUCCGUCAGAACAGAUGGUGCUAAGCGGGUUCUUACCGUGACUGGCAUGACUAAGGAAGAUGAAGGAGAAUACAGAUGUGAAUGCAAAAAUGACAAGACCUCUGCUAAAGUCACCUCUAAAGCACCGAGACAAGUGAGGCUGACCACUAAACUGAACAAUGUGGCAGCGAUGGAGGGAAAAGAUGCCAUUUUCAAGUGUGCCGUGAGCCCAGCAGAUGUCAAUGUUAAAUGGUUCCACAAUGAUAUUCCCAUCACUGCUGGGUCCAAGUACAAGCUAGAGCAUGGCGGCAGCAGUCACUCGCUUACCAUCAUUUCCGUCACUCAAAAAGAUGCAGGAGAAAUUAGUGUCGAUGCAGAAGGCAAAAGCUGCAAAGCUACCCUGCAAGUGCAACAUGAACCUGUGACGUUUAAGAAGAAGCUGGACAACCUGACGGUGGAGGAGCAGAGUGAGGCCAAACUGGAAGUGGAACUCAGUAAGGCGUCAGAUGAAGUCAGGUGGAUGAAGAACAGUGUCGUGCUGCAGCCGGCAGGAAACAUGGAGAUUCGAGUAAAUGGAGCCAAACAGGCUCUGGUCUUCAAGAGUGUGACUUACGCCGACCGUGGAAUCUACUCUUGUGAAACUCUGGAUGACAAGACCCAGGCCAAGCUCAGCGUGGAGAUGAAGAAGAUUCAAGUAAUAAAGGCUCUGACAGAAACCAAGGCACACGAAACAGAGACAGUGACUCUUGAAGUAGAGCUCAGUCAAGCUGAUGUUGAGGGCUCCUGGAGCAGAGAUGGGGCCAAGUUAAAGUCGGGGGCAAACUGCCGCAUCACAGCUCUGGGGAAGAAGCACGCCUUGACGUUGUCCAGUCUCAAGAAGGAGGAUGCGGGAACUAUUUCCUUCCAAGCAGAGGGAGUCCAUACUUCGGCCAAGCUGAUUAUUACAGAACCUCCUGCUAUGAUCUCCAAACCCAUCAUGGACAUCAGUGUCGCUGAGAAGGAGAAAGUUACCUUUGAGUGUGAAGUGUCCAGAACAAAUGCAGAUGUUAAAUGGUUCAAGGAUGACGUGGAACUGAAACCGGGGAAAAACUUUGGCAUUCAUUCCUUGGGUCGAAAGCGCUCUUUGGUCAUCAACAAAUGCACCCCUGAAGAUGGAGGCACUUACAUCUGUCGCACUCCGGAUGAUAACACCUCAGCCAAGCUCACGGUUCACGCCAGAGAAAUCAAGAUCGUUAAGAAGCUGGAGGAUGUGGAGGUGAUGGAGAAGGAGAGUGCCUCAUUUGUCUGUGAAGUCUCACACGAUGAAGUAGAGUGCCAGUGGUACAAAGGAAAUACCAAACUCAAAGUCAGUGACAACAUCAAGAUGAGACAGGAGGGCAGAACCUAUGUGCUGCUGUUUAAAUCGGUCACUCCAGAAGAUAUGGGUGAGAUUAAAUUUGCAGCUGAGAAAGCAUCUUCAACUGCGAAACUUAAAGUGAAAGAGCUGCCUGUCAAGUUUGUGAAGAAACUCAGGGAUAAGAUAGCGAUGUAUAAGCAUCGUGGUCAUCUCGAAUGCCAAGUGUCGCGGGCCAGUGCAAAGGUGAAGUGGUUCAAGAACAAGACGGAGAUCAGAGCCGGCAAGAAGUACGAGAUCAAAAGUGAAGAUGUGUACCGGAAGCUCACCAUCAAUGACGUGGACGAUGGGGACGAAGACACGUAUACGUGUGACGCCACCGAUGACAAGACGUCCUGUAAACUGCUCGUGGAAGAGCAGUCCAUCAGCAUUGUGCGGGAACUUAGUUCAGUAGAAGUGACAGAACCCUUUGCAGCUGUUUUUGAAGUUGAAAUCAGCAUGGAGCUGGUGAAACCUCCCAUAUGGACUCUGAGUGGAGUUGCUGUGCAGGAGGGUGCUGACGUUGAGAUGGAGAAAGAGGGCACUCUGCACCGCCUCACUUUCAAAAAGACCAAAGCAUCGAUGACGGGACCCGUGCAGUUUACAGCUGGGAAGAGCAAAUCUUUAGCUCAGCUCACAGUCAAAGAGCGUCCGCUUGAGAUCGCAGAGCCCAUCAAAGAUGUGAAGGCGAAGGAGAAAAGCUCAGCCAUACUCAGCUGCAAGUUCUCUGCCUCACCCAAAGAGGUUAACUGGUACAAGGGCCAGGCACCUCUGGCAGCAUCAGACAAGUAUAAUAUCAAGCAAGAUGCUACAAGGGCACAACUCACUAUCCAUAAGUUGACUGUGGAAGACACUGGAGAGUACCGCUGUCAGUCUGGACCUGCUGAGACCAAAGGCACACUUCAUGUUGAAGCACGCGAAAUUAAGAUCACCAAGCACCUGGCUGACACCGAGGUUGAUGAAGACAGCGAUGCAGUGUUCACCUGUGAGAUUAACUAUGCAGAUGAAGAGGUGCAGUGGCUUCUGAAUGACAAGGUGCUCUUCACUAACGAGGUCAACACCAUCACUCAUGAGGGGAAGACUCACAAGCUCACACUGAAGAACUUGGCACCUCAGGAUGGGGGAACCAUCAGCUUCCAAGUCCGCAAGCUGAAAGAGUCCGCCACGCUUAAGGUUAAAGAAAAGCGUGCUGUGUUCCUCAAGUCUCUGGAUGAUGUCAUUGGAGAAGAAAAGGGCAUGAUAACUCUGGCGUGUGAAGCGUCCAAGCCGAGGGUUUCCCCCACGUGGAGGAAAGAAGGUAAAGUCUUAAAAGCUGGACCAAAGUAUGAGCUCCUUCACACAGGCAAGUCUUUGGGACUGAUCAUCAAGGAUGUCACCAAAGACGAUGCUGGAGAGUACAGCUGUGAUCUUGGCACUGAGGUUUCUAAGUCAAAGGUCACUGUUAGAGAAAUUGGCAUUGGAAUCACUAAAUGGCUGAAAUCAGCUGAGGUGAACGAGGGAGAGACAUGCAGCUUUGAGUGCAUCCUGUCUCGUGAAAGCACAGACGACUGCUCCUGGACGGUUAAUGGUCAAGCUGUUACCAACGGAGGCCGCUUUAAGAUCUCCAGUAAAGGACGCAAGUACAUGCUGACUAUUCAGGAUGUCACCCCUGCGGACGCUGGUGAGGUGGUCUUCAACAUUAAAGACCUGAGCUCUAAAACAACACUAACAGUUGAAGGCAAAGCGUCGUCUGUAUCAAAAGCCCUGCAGAAUAUUUCUGCCGUUCAAGGGGAAGAUGCUGUGUUUACCUGUGAGGUGAUACAGGCUAGUUCCACUGUAAAGUGGGCCAAGGAGGGCAAAGCCAUCAAAAAGAGCCAGAAGUAUGAUAUCAGCCAGCAGGAUAAGGUGAUGAAGCUGAUCAUCCACAAUGUGUCUGCGCAAGACUCUGGAGAGUACAGUUGUGAAGUUAUUGGAGGUGCAACCACCAAAGCCAAGCUGGAAAUCAAGGAGCCAAUCCAUAAAUUCACCAAAGCGCUAAAGGACAGCCAAGCAGAUGAGAAUAGCUCUGUGACCCUGCAGUGUGAGACGGCACAGACCCCGUCCACGGUGAUAUGGCUUAAAGGUCACACAGAGCUCAAGCCUGGAGGUCGGUAUGAGAUGUCCCAGAAGGAGGGGGUCUUGACUCUCACCAUCAAACAGCUGGAGGAGAAAGACACGGACAUCUACACUUGUGAUGUGGGCACGGCCAAGAGCAUGGCCAAGGUGACCGUUAAAGCCCUGCCUGCCACUUUUAAUGAGACGCUCAAAAACCAGGACAAAAAGGAAGGGGAGACAGUGACGCUUCGCUGCAAGUCAUCAACGCCUGCAGCCAACAUUCAGUGGAAGAAAGGCUCUGAAAUUCUCACACCAGGAGAGAAGUAUGGCAUGACCCAGAAGGAGACCAUUUGUGAACUUCAGAUUAUGAAUUUGAAGGUUGAAGAUAGUGGAGAGUAUUCUUGUGUGUGUGGAGACCAGAAGACAUCUGCAACCCUGAAAGUCAAUGCUUUGCCACUGACCUUUAAGCAGAAGUUGGAGAACCAGGAGGCUGAGGAGGGA